UACAGCACCUCUCCUGACCCUGCCCUCUACCCUCUGAUCACACAAUUCCUGUUCUAUGGCAGAAUUUGGAGUCUGUAGCACAUGGGCCCUAAGUAUGUGCAGGUGAGGCACAUACUUAGGGCCCAUAGGGGUGUGCUCACACCAGCCGUGCAGCCUGCAGGCGAGAUUAUUCACCAGGUGAUAGCCGCGCACAGCCGGUUCCCUCACUGACUUUGCCUGGCUACGGCCUGCCACCAACCGCAACCUUCUUGUGUUACAUGAUGCAUCUGAUGUAAUAGUUUGGUUUGCAGGAUGAAUUUUGGAUUUGUAUUUUGAAGAAUUUUUAAGCAUUAAAUAGGGAGACAUGGAGGGAGCACUAAGCAAGUGGACCAAUGUGAUGAAGGGCUGGCAAAUCCGCUGGUUUGUUCUUGAUGAACAAGCGGGGCUUUUUUCCUACUAUACGUCCAAGGAGAAGAUGAUGCGCAACGCGCGCCGCGGCUGCGUCCGGCUCAAGGGCGCCGUCAUCGGCAUCGACGACGAGGACGACACGCUCUUCACCAUCACCGUCGACGGCAAGACGUUCCACCUGCAGGCCCGAGACGGCGACGAGCGGGACGGCUGGAUCCGCGCGCUCGAGAACGCCAUCUCCCUGCUGACGCACAACAACCACCGCAUCAAGCGCUGGGACCCGCGGCUGCCGCAGCCGACGAUGGCCGACUUCGACCGUCAGCUGGUAGAGAGUGACGCCUACCUCCAGCUGCUGAUUCAGCAGGCUCAGGCGCUCGAGCGCCGACAGGCAGCCUGCACCUCCAGCCAGGAGCGCAACCGGCUGACCACUAUCAUCGACAAUGUUAAUGACAUGCUGGAUGCCAUCAAACAUACGAUCGUACGCCUUCAAAUAGCCAAGAACGAGGUGCAGCCGGUGGUCGGCGUGUACCAGCCGAGCAACGCCACGCCGCUGCCGCCGUCCGCCGCCCGGUCCGAUGCCGCCGUUCGCCGCGCCAUCAAAGAAGCCGACGAGAACGCGCCAGGAGUGCUGCGAGACACCGAGGUCGGCACCGGAGUGGAGAUCGGCUCGGAGGUGCGCGAGGCAGCCGCCUCCUCUCGGGAGCCACCAGGCCGUCCGACAGCAGCGACCACUCUGGCCCCGACCUCGAUCACACGAUUCGUCCAGGAGGUUCCUGAGACGUCCUACUCGAGCUCGGAAGACGAGGAUUGGUUCGACACGGAGGACGCCGCUGGCAGCCACCACCGGCCGGCAUCCCCGGCGCGGCCCGUCCGUCCGCCGGCGGCCGACGGCGCCGCUGCGGGAGCGCCGCCCACCCCGGCGCCGGAGGCGGGCCCGCCCAGCGGCGCCGACUAUGACGCCGCCUACGAGGAGGAGGAGGGCGACCUGGGCUCGAUGGAGGGCCACGGCUCGGUGGUCAGCCACCUGCUCAGCCAGCUGCGCAUCGGCAUGGACCUGACGCGCGUCGUGCUGCCCACCUUCAUCCUGGAGCGGCGAUCUCUGCUCGAGAUGUACGCCGACUUUUUCUCGCACUCGGACCUGUUUGCCAGCAUACCCGACUGCCCUACGCCGCGCGACCGGCUGGUGCAGGUGCUCAAAUGGUACCUGUCGGCGUUCCACGCUGGACGCAAGUCCGAGGUCGCCAAGAAGCCCUACAACCCCAUCAUCGGCGAGACGUUCAGGUGUGUGUUUGACGUUCCGGACCAACCGGCGACGGCCGGCCGGCCGCCGGUCACCGAUGGACCAGUGCCCUGGGGAGGCCGGCACCAGGUCUGCUUCGUGGCCGAGCAGGUGUCACACCAUCCGCCCGUGUCUGCGUUCUACGCGGAGCAUUACGACAAGCGCGUGUCGCUGUGCGGCCACAUCUGGACCAAGUCAAAGUUCCUCGGCCUCAGUAUCGGCGUCCAUAACAUCGGUCAGGCGUGCGUCUCCGUGUUGGACAGGGAUGAGGAGUACAUCCUCAGCUUCCCCAGCGGCUACGGCAGGUCGAUCCUGAGCGUGCCGUGGGUGGAGCUCGGAGGAGCCAUCACCAUCUCCUGUAACAAGACCGGCUACUACGCCAACGUUGAGUUCCUCACCAAGCCCUUCUACGGCGGCAAGAAGCACCGGAUCGUGGCCGAGGCGUUCGAGCCGGGCGCGCGGCGGCCCUUCCUGCGCGUGGAGGGCGCCUGGAACGGUGUGAUGCAGAUUAAACAGGACGGCGCGGAGCCGACCACGUUCAUCGACACGCACACGGCGCCGCUGACCAAGAAGAAGGUUCUGCCAAUCGCCGAACAGGACGAGUACGAGUCGCGCCGGCUCUGGAAGGAGGUCACCUACAACCUCAAGUAUAACAACAUAGACGCGGCCACGGACGCCAAGUGUUUCCUGGAGCAGCGUCAGAGGGACGAGGCCAAGCAGCGGAAGGAGCGAAACCUACAGUGGGAGACCAAGCUGUUCCACAAGUUCGACGAGAACUGGAUCUACGACCGUCCACUGCAGCAGCGGCUGGCGGCCGGCGGCGGUACGGCGUGAAACCGGCGGCGGCGGCCGGCGGCCCACAGCACCGUCUCCGACCAGCACCACAGCUGAGUGGGCGGCACGGGGCUCCGGCCGGACCGCUCGGGGCGGGGCACUGAGCUCUCAUACGGAGCCGGAGACCACUGCAGACUCCGGCGCGUGCAAUGGAUUAAUAUGUACUUGUUGAGUACUACCUGGUCAAGAAGAAUUACUGCCGCGGAGAGGCAGGAUUGUUCCUUCAGUUUAGUAUCAUGAGUAGGAAUCAAUAUUCUCCCUUCCAUUUGUGGAGCGGUCAGUUAUGUGACUGGCCGUUGAGUGAGGCCGGCCUGCGGUCACCGGCGACUGUGAUCUGUCUCCGGAGGGCGGCCAUCCGCCGACAGACUCCUGAGAGGCUUCCUCUGCUCCGAAAUGGAGGGACCCACUGUAGUCAGGUCCGUUAUACCGAGUAUGGUCCUCAGUUGUGAGUUAUUUGGGUACCGCUGGAGGCUCGCUGUAUCGAAUACGGCCCCACGUAGCGGAGGUAGUGUCCUGUGCGGAGGCUAUCCAAGGGCGGGCGUACCGAGGGCCGCCCGCCGGGUCACUGGUGUGUAUCUGGGGUACGGUUAUCGAUCGAAGGGACCGUGACAGUGUCCCGGGCGGUUAUUCUGCGCAUCUCAGCGCCGUCAGGGACAGGGGGUGUAUCGCGUGGCGGUCGUGAUGGGCACAGUCUGCAGUUUAUUCCAUUUGAUGGAGGCAUUUUAGCGAGUGAUGGGCGCGGCCGGGUGGCGGUGGUGGUCGCCUCUGUAUCAGUCAGUUACGGACGCGCGCGGCCGACCACCCUGUAUCGGAGGUGGAAUGGUCUACCGCACUAUUCCGGUGGCUUAUCAUUGUUCCGUAUGUGCUGUGAUAUGUGAAUACGAAUUGAGACAUGAGA